AACGCUUGGCGCGCUUAUUUAGGUAUGGCUCUUAGGCGUUGUACCCGUUACAUGCGGUUUGCUACAGCUCUAGUAUCAAAUGCCAAAAGUAUCGAUAUGGUAUCGUAUCGUAUCGAAUUUAGUAUCAGCACAAAGCGCGGUUUGCAUCAAAACGUUCAUUUCAUUUAAAUAUUGUUAUUGUAAUUAAAAAUCCUCAUAAUAAGAAAGUAAUUAGUUAUGAAUAGCAAAGGAUCGUCGGUUCGCUCCCGUGCAAAUGAUACUGAUAAUGGCGUGUUAACACCAGUUUUAAAAAGCCGCGCCAGGCUGACUCCUAGUAACUUGAGACAUAGAAUUGUAUACAAACAAGAUUCUGCACCCAAAAAUCUAAAUUCUGUUGAAAAAAAAGGGGGUCGAGUUAACGAAAAUAAGCAAUCAACUUCAAGGUCACAUAUUACAGAAAAUUCUACAAACACACCGCGAGUCACUCCGCGCUCAACUGCCCUAAAUGCAUGUUAUACUCCAUCGUCCCUAUUUCGAAAUGGAGCGUCAACUCCUUUGAGUAUAUUGCGCACGCAACAGUCAACUCCAUCCACAAACAAAAAAUCUAAGCAAAACUAUGAAACAGUAUCUCAACAAAUUGGUACUGCAGACACGGAGAUUAGUAAUCUUACUGUGGUAGUAAGAGUUCGGCCAUUGAAUGCCCAAGAGUGCUCGUUGGUCAAAGUUUCAAAUGUAGUACGCGUUUGUGGAAAUAAGUUGACGGUUUCGGCGGGUAUGAAUGCGGAUUAUACGGCAGGUCUUACCCAUUCCUUCACCUAUGAUCAUGUUUUCGACUCUACUGACCCAGAUAAUAGCAAGUACGCAAACCAAGAAGGUGUGUUUGCAGGCACAGCUAUGCCAUUAAUAGAGCGAGCUUUUCAAGGUUACAAUGCUUGUCUUUUUGCAUAUGGUCAGACGGGAUCUGGAAAAUCUUACAGUAUGAUGGGCAUCGAAGCUUUAGACGACGAUGCUUCUGGAAAUAGUGCACCUCAUCCCGAAGCGGGGAUAAUUCCGCGAUUUUGUCGAGAGCUUUUUAAACGCAUUGAUAAAAUUAAACAUAUAAUACGUGCUGAAAUCGAAAUUAGUUACUUUGAAAUAUAUAAUGAAAAAAUCCAUGAUUUACUUUGUGUGACACAAAGCGAAGGCAAUUGCAGCAUUGGCAAUAUACAUAUAGCUAGCACUCAGGCGAAUACAAUUGGCAAUAGUCGACCUGCUUUAAAAGUGCGUGAACAUCCAAUUUGGGGUCCGUAUGUGGUGGAUCUAAGCGUCCAUCCUGUAGAUUCAUACGAAGCUAUGCGAAAUUGGCUUGCAGUAGGAAAUUCGCAACGUGCAACGGCUGCCACCGGCAUGAAUGAUAAGAGUUCGCGAUCGCAUUCAAUAUUCAAUAUUGUUCUGAAUCUGACUGAAGUUUCGGAUGACAAAGAUGGAAAUGGAACUUUGUCAGAAUUGGCUAUCUCGCCUAGGACCCAUCAAACACGACGAAGCAGGAUAAGUUUGGUCGAUUUGGCAGGAAGUGAACGUAUUUUGUCAGGCGGCACGAAUGGAGAUCGCAUACGUGAAGGUGUUAGUAUAAAUAAAAGUCUUUUAACUUUAGGCAAAGUAAUUGCUGCCUUAGCGGAUGCAAAGAAAACUUCAACAGGCGGAGCAGCUUUUGUACCUUACAGAGAUAGUGUACUGACGUGGCUACUAAGGGAAAAUCUUGGCGGCAAUUCUAAGACGGUUAUGCUUGCUACCAUUUCCCCAGCUAAUGUUAAUAUUGAUGAAACUCUGGCCACAUUGCGGUAUGCUUGUCAAGCGCGCACUAUAGUCAAUCGGGUGAAAGUGAACGAGUCACCUCACGAUAAAAUAAUUAGGGAAUUACGCGCGGAAGUGGACCGUCUGAAAUCACUACGGAAUGAAUAUGAACGCCAGCGUCGUCUGUCGGCCAAUAGUAAUCCGACGCCAAGAAAAAUUAUCAUUGAAACAUCAGUUGAUGAGAGUGAAGUUGAAGCUUUGCGGCAGCAAUUAGCCGAACGCGAAAGAGAGUUGGAUAGAGCUCAAAAGUCAUGGAUGCAACGCUUGAAAGAAGCUGAAGACCAGCGAAAAUCUGAAUUGCGGCUUCUUCGGCGUAAAGGGCUGGCAUUGGAAUUAUCAACGGAUCAAAAGCAUGCGUGUCUUGUAAACUUGACUGCAGAUGCCAUAUUUAGCAAUACACUAUUUUAUAUUUUACCACCUGGACAGGUGAAAAUAGGUCGCACACGCACAUCCACCUAUUGCAGUCAGCCGGAUAUUUUACUCGACGGCCCAUUGGUUGCCUAUCACCAUUGUAUAAUUGAAAAUAACGACAGCGAGCUGUUUAUAAUACCUCAAAAUAAAGAUUUCGAAACUUAUCUAAAUGGUGAUCUUGUGACUGAGCGUCGUAAAAUGUUGCAUGGAGAUCGCUUGGUGAUCGGAGGUACACAUUAUUUUCGAAUAUCAAACCCGUUUUGUUCGCAGCGGAGUAAAAAUGUGGUGGUCGAUUUCCAAAUGGCACAUGAAGAGAUCUUAUACAAACAGGAAGAGAAACUUCGUUGCGAAUUGGAAGAAGAAAAGCGUGCGGCCUUGUCGCGCAUAGAGUUGGAACGUGCGGAAAACGAGCGAAACUUCAAGGAGCGCAUGCAAAAACUUGAGUUUGAACAAUUAACAUAUAAGUGUAAUAAAGAAAUACUGGAGACGGAAAGAAAAGCAUUUCACGAAGAGGCCGAAAUUAGCAAAGACAAAAAUGCCAUAGACGCAUCUUAUACUCCAACUUUUAAAUCGAAUUUGCUUGACGACAUUAAUAAUAUAAUGCAACACCCCAGUGAAAAAAGUCUACAUAAUACACAACUUAUGGUAUGUACUCUCCCUUUUUAUACAUCUAGUUUUGUAAAUCAAUAA